GCCGACGGUCCUGCUUCUGUCGGAAACUUUUGGGGGAUGUGCGACAGAGAUUUUCUAUAAGGGACAUUGAGAAAGAAAGCCUGUUGCUCUUCAAUGUACACAUGUUCAGCUACGUUGUGUUUUGUUUCGUAAGCCUGCUAUUCAUCAAGGCAGACGGAGAUGAAUCUGCUCUGGAUGAGUUCAACCCACAGUAUUUGCUUGACAUCAUUUCAAAAGAGGAGCCGUAUUUUGCAGAGACAUUUGAUGACCCGACUCUUUACGCUGAUAAUUGGAUACCUUCUCAGUCAAAGAAAGAGGGUGUAGAAGACAAUAUCGGAAAAUAUGAUGGUGAUUGGCUUUUGGAUAUUCCAAUUAAAAAUGUUGUCAAAGGAGAUAUGGGUCUUACAUUCAAAGAUAAAGCUAAACAUCGUGCUAUAACUGCAAAAUUAAGCAAAAAGUUCUCGUUUAAAACAAAUCCUCUGAUAAUUCAAUAUGAGGUGACAUUUCAAAAUGGGCAGGAAUGUGGUGGUGGUUACAUGAAGUUAUAUUCUGAAGACAACAAUUUAAAUCUCAACCUAAUUAACGAUAAAUCUCCUUACACUAUAAUGUUUGGGCCAGAUAAGUGUGGCAGUGUUUCAAAGAUUCACUUUAUAUUUCGUCAUAAAAACCCUAAGAAUGGAUCAUUUGAAGAAAAACAUGGAAAACAGCCUGCUAAUCGUUUCGAGGAAGUUUUCACAGAUAGUAAACCACAUUUGUUCACUUUGGUUAUUUAUCCCAAUAACAAUUAUAAGAUUCUCAUUGACCAGGAAACCGCUGUCGAAGGUUCUCUUCUAGAAGAUUUUACACCACCUGUGAAUCCACCAGCUGAAAUAGAUGAUCCGAACGAUAAGAAACCUGAAGAUUUUGAUGAUCGUGAGAAAAUACCAGAUCCUACAGCGACAAAACCUGAAGACUGGGAUGAGAGUGAACCACGCACAAUUCCUGAUGCUAAUGCUGUUAAGCCGGCCAACUGGUUGGAUAACGAGCCGAUUGACAUUCUUGAUCCUUCUGCUGAAAAACCUGAUAAUUGGGAUGAAGAAAUGGACGGAGAAUGGGAAGCUCCUCUAGUUCCCAACCCUGCGUGUGAGGAUGCUGCAGGAUGUGGUGUUUGGACACCUCCUGAAAUUCCAAAUCCAAAGUAUAAAGGCAAAUGGUCCCCACCGUUAAUACCUAACCCAGCAUAUCGAGGCAAAUGGGAACCGAGAAAAAUUCCAAAUCCUGAUUAUUUCCAUGAUGAAAAUCCUUUCGUGUCACUCGUACCUUUGGCAGCUGUAGGCUUCGAGUUGUGGUCCAUGUCUCCCAAUAUAUUUUUUGAUAAUAUUCUAAUUACCGAUGAUGAGAAUUUUGCCCAAUCCUGGUCCGACAUCACUUUCCGUACAAAAAUAAAGAGAAUCACUAAAGAGUCGGCUUCAUUUCUAUCUGAAAUAGUGGAUUUCACAAACCAGUAUCCGUGGCUUUGGGCUGUGUACACCCUUGUGUUAUUAUUCCCCAUAACACUGUUUGUAUACUUCUGCAUUUGGUCAAAGCAGGAUAAACAUGAUUUCCUUCCUUGUGGCCCACGUAUUGACGAAGAAGAUGAAAAUGAAAGUCCAGAAGGAAAUUUAGUCGAGGAAAACGCAGGUGAUUCGAAAGACAAUGAAGAGUUUUCAGAGCCCGCCAAAAAUCCUCAAGAAGAUGACAGACGAGAAAAGCGUGAGGGCUCAGAAGAGGUUUUUGAUUUUCUCGAUGGGGCUGCAGAGGAGAAUAAGGAGGACAAUGGCUCUGUAGAUGGGGAUCAGCCCGUUACUCUUCCUGAUGAUGAAAGCUCAUUAGAUGGCAAGGAAGAAGGCGAAGUGAAGAAAAGGAAACCAAGGAAACUCGAUGAUUAGAUUCACAAAGGUUGGCCAAUGUUCAACCAACUUGUUCAUAAUAAUAUAUAGCAAAAACGAAGCUAAUUUUGUUGAUGUGAUGCGGUUUCCUCUUUUCAUGCAUUUUGAAUUUUAUUUUUCUUUCCCAUUGAUAUUUUUAGCAUUUCGCAUUUCCUUUUAAUGUCAUUUUUUUUAAUUGAGUAGAAUUGGGUUUAUAGUUACCUAAGAUUUCUUUCAUUAUUUGUGCACAUGCUAAUGAGUUUUUUCUGCAACUGCUAGUUAAUUUACAUGGCGUUAAAUAUCAACUAUGAAUGAAAGUUAUGAAGGUAAGAAAAAAGACUGAGUUAGUAUAAAAUAUGGGCUUUUAACGUGAAUAAUGAAUACUGAGGUCAAGCGUUCAGUUUUGAAACGAUUAAUUAAAA